ACCAACCUCCAGCUUCAACCUUGAAGCACCAGCGUGAUACCUGAUCUCACCCCUUCCUUCUCGCACCCGGCAGCGGGUUGACGCUGUUUCUCAGAGCUGCUCAUGGGAUCAGAGGACCAGGUACAGGACAUGAAUCUGCACAUGAUUGCUUUCUGGUGAAUGACAUCUUACCCACCACCUCGAGUUCGCUCGCACCGACCUCACUGGCCCCCGAACUUCGACCCUUCGUCUACCUCAUUACGAUCAUCCCGAGCCCUAAAACUGCCAGGACCUCCUAGCCGACUCCUCCUCGUCCCACACCCACUCUGCAGCGGCCGGCCAGCCGACUCAGCGCCCUCCUUUGAGCGAAAGACCCUGGCCGAUGCCCACGCCAUUGUCCGCCUACUGCACGCUCACUGCAAGUCAAGGAAGAACCUACCCACGCCAUCCUUUCCCCCCCAAAACGCACAACCCCGCUGGGUGGAGCCCAGACCAUCCAAAGCCUACUCUGACCUUUCAACCUGCAAGUGGUACCGUAGUGGGCAUUUGACUGCCACCGUCGCCGACCUCAAUUUUGCCUUUUCAGCGCAGUUGUCCAACGUACCACGGCCUUGCCUCUUUUCCAUUCGUCCCUUCACGAGGCUGCGCUGCCCUGUGUCUGUCUCGCUGGACCUCAGUCGUCGCCAUCCUGAUCUGUGCGGCAUUGCGAUCGCUGUUCCGGCCAACCCCAAGCGUGCUGCUCCUGUCUGGCCGGCCUCAGAAAUGAACCUGCUUUGACCCGUCGUGUCUCCCAUCAGCCACCUCCCGCAGCCCACCUGCGGGCUUGAACCUCACAUCCUCAGCCUCGAGGAUGACUCAACAAGAUCGCGAGCAGAAUGUCGUAUGGGCUCAAGAUAUGCAAGAUGACGGCAUGGUGCCUGGGGUUGGCGACGAGGACUUCACAAAAUUCCUCGAUCUCGAUAACGACUUCCAACACUAUGCGCCCACGAACAGUGGCCACUCCGGCCUCGACACCCCCAUGGGCCGUCUGGGAUUUGGGAACAACGCCGCCGAUUUAGGUUACUCUGGGGCGGAACAGAUGGGCGUCCAUGUGACGUCGACCAGCGACCCAGUCGGGUAUCGCAAUCAAAUGUCGACGAACCAGCAAUACUCCCAAUACUCUCAGUAUCAGCAAAUUCAGAUGCCGCCGCAGUACCAUGUGCCUCCUACGCCUGUGAGCGUCGAGAUGCAUCCCGGGAAAUAUGUGCAACAGAUGGGAAACAACGGACAGAUUCUGUUCGACCACCAACAGGUCUCCUUCACCCCACUAGUCUCUCCCGCGCAAACUCCCAUGGACGGCGGGUUUGCGAUGUCUGAUUAUGGGCUAGCAGACGAAUUUUUCAGUCCACUGACGUCCCCUGCGAUUGAGGCACAGGCUGCUUUUAGCUCGACCGGAACCACGGCGUCGCCUGUUGAUCUCAACGAUCUGAGUGCCGCGGGAAAACCCGUCGCAGCUGGGACGAAGCGGCCUCGGCGCAAAGGUAGUAACUCUGCCCGCACGCCUGCUCGAAGCGUCAAGCAGUCACCUGCGAUGAAGCCUCAGCCCCGUCGCCGAAAUCCCUCUCUGACGUCGUUGCCCAUGGACAAAAUCCGAAACAUGCUUCCGCAGGGGACGUUGGGUUCAACACUCCAUCCCUCGGCGCCCAAUAGCGCCGUGCUCCAAGGGAGCGACGACUCGGUCUCACCAGAGCCUCUGUCCGAAGCCGCGAUGAGGCCUCCUCCUGUGCCUCAUCCGGGCAAGUCGCCGCAGUCGGCGAUCGCCGCUCAGAAUGCCCACUCGGCCAACCCGGUCACUCCUGCCACGUUGAUGAGGAUGCCCAGUAACCAGUCGAUGACCAUGAAGCAGAUGGAGCACCACGGUCCUGUCCAAGGUGCAGAUGAACCUAUGGAGGAUAUCAUGUUACCCGCGGCAGCGGCUUCUUCCACCAUGUCCCAAGGGUUGCAAAUUAUCGACACUGGCAAGACUGCUGUUUCUGGCGAGAACACUCCUACUCUUGGCGCCAAAUCCGCCAAGAUUAGCGCUGCUAGCACACCUCGAAGUGCGCUGACAAGGGCGACGUCGCAAGAGACUUUUGCGAAACCCGGGAAAGUCGAAAGCCGUGGAGGAGGUCGUGCCAGCAAGAAACGCCAGAGCACGUCCUCUGCAACAAUUUCUCCAGCGUUGCGACCCAAAAUUUCCCCAAGUAUCAGCCCAUUAGCUCCUGCGGCUGGUAAGUCUCACCUCGGACGCGGACAGGUACGUGGUAAGCUGACCGUUCUAGGUCCGGGCAUGUCACAUCUUUCAGCGGAGACGAGUGCGUUAUAUCUUGCUUCGAAAUCGAAUUAUCAAAACAUCCUAGAGGGCACACAUCUUCCAGGAGUUUCGUACCCCGAGACCUUAGCGGAAAAUCUGACGUCGAAGCGAACAUCACACAAAAUCGCAGAGCAAGGCCGACGGAACAGAAUCAAUCUUGCAUUGAAAGAGAUCGAGGCUCUCCUUCCUGCGUCUAUCCUCAUGGCCAGCAACAAGAAAGACAGGCCGCCCAAAGACGAAAACGAGGACGGAGAGACGUCAGCGACUUCCAAGCCUUCCGCACCUGGACAGGGUGCGAGCAAGGCAAGUACGGUUGAAAUGGCCAUUGUCUACAUCAAGAGCUUGCAGAGCGAGUUGAAAGAGACCCAAGAAAGACUGGAAGCGGCUGAGAAGAAAGCCGCCGAAGCCAGCAACAGGGAGAGCAGUACGGAGUGCCAAGGCACUUUGGAAGCGUAGGGCGGAUAGAGAACGACCCCAGAAGUUUUGGUCACGGCUUAAUGGCGAAAUGGGUUUAUGAGUUUCAGACCGCAACGAAGAAUAAAAUUCAACCAGGGGCCAGGAGGAGUUGAACGUGUAUCAGGGGGCUGAGGAAUGGAAGUAUAGGGAUUGCUAAUCUUGUGACAUAUCCGGAAUCGAUAGAUAGCUGUGAUUCUACCAAACCAUCUUGCACAUCACAAUAGCGGUUGGGUGGGAGGUUGUUUGGUUGUAUAUUUGUGGGACAUGCAUCGAUAUAGCAUUGUCUCAUGCUGAUUAAAAAAAGGAAAUGUGAAUAUCAACCGUGAAUCUACUACAAUGAUACUUGUUCAAGCUG